AUGGACCAGCUUCUUGCAACCAUUGCCGAGCUGGAUCGGGCGGCUAUAGCUCAGGAACGGCAGAAUGCCGAGCUACAGUCCGCCCUGGAUUUGAAGUCGCAGGAGCUCCUUAAGCUCCAACACGAGCUUGCGGCUCUGGAGCCGGAGCCAGACGACUGGGCGCCGCCUCCCCGGCGCUGCGCCCGCGCGGUCAGAGCAGUGCUGCGCCUGCUGGUGGCGCUGGGGGCCGUGCUGGUGCUCUGGGAGGCGGAGGCAGACUGGCGCGCCGACGCGCCUUCCCGCGAUGUCCCAGAUGUGACGGUCCCUUUGCAGGGUUUCCUGCAGAGGGAGGCCCUGACUUCCAGCGCGGAAGAGGACCACGCCCCGCAGAGUCCGCAUCCGUCCUCGCAGAUGGAACAGGUGCAGGUGCUCCCGGAAGUGGAGCUACCGCAGAACAGCGAGAGCACGGAGCAUGAGCAAGAUGUGAAGCCACCGAAGGUGGAGAGUCUGACAGACAAGCAGAGAGUGGAGGAAGCUGCCCUGCCCAAAGGACAUGCAGUGGAAAGCUCGGAGAUCCCUGAUCACACUGAUCACACUGUAUCGACCGCCGAGUCCUCAUCCAUCAUCGUGGAGCCCCAGAGAAUCACAGACGGACCACCACCAGCGGAGGGGUCACCAGCGAAGGGACCACCACCAGCGGAGGCGCCACCAGCACAGGCGCCACCAGUGGUGGAGGGGUUAUCAGUGGUGGAGGGGCCACCAGCGGAGGGGCCUCCAGCGGAGGGGCCACCAGCGGAGGGGCCUCCAGCGGAGGGGCCACCAGCGGAGGGGCCACCAGCGGAGGGGCCACCAGUCGAGGGGCCGAAAGCGAGCGUGGCUUUGAACCCUACAGUGGGAAACAUGCAGAGAGGGCCGCCUCAACCCUCUCCAGCCAAGGGAGCAGAGCAGCAGGAGGACGCACCACAAACCUCCGCAGGCAAGGAUGCCCCGGUCCGACUCGAAGCUAGGAGUCAGUCCAGCAACGACCGAGCUCAGAGGCAACCCGGUGUCCUGUCAAAGGGCAAGGUGUGA